UGCAAAGGCAAAGUGGAGGGAGGAGUUGAUGAGCUUCAGGCCAGCACCAACAAUCGCAACUCGCAACCCCCUUGUCACCUCCCUCCUCCAAAGAGCAGCAACGGCACCAAGUCCUGCUGCCUGUUGCUGCGAAGAUGGCGAGUGGAGGCAGCAGCAGCAGCAGCAGCAGCUUCCUCUGGCUUCUCCUCUCUUACUUGGGGUCUCUUUGCUACCACAAAGCGCAUGGAAUCACCGUCCAAACAGAACAUGAACGUGUGACAGCAAGAGAGUUUGAAGAGGCAAUCUUAAGCUGUAAACACAAUGCCGGAAAGGAAACUGAAAUAAGAGUAGAAUGGAAAAAGGUUACAAGAUCUGAUGUUUCAUUUGUUUACUUUGGUGGUACCUUUGUAGGUGAUUUUAAUAAAAGAGCUAAAAUGUGGGACUCAAGCAUUAGAAUUAAAAAUGUGACGAGAAAGGAUGCUGGGAAAUACCGCUGUGAAAUUAGUGCAUCCACAGGACAAGGACAAGAAGCAGCAGAAAUUGAAAUUUCUCUUUUAGUGCUAGUCCCACCAGCAAUUCCUGUUAGUGAAGUGCCUAUCUCAGCUAUGAGCGGAACAGUAGUGGAACUACGAUGUAAAGAAAAUGAAGGGUCUCCUGCUUCGAAGUACAAGUGGUAUAGGAGUGGCAUUGCUCUACUGGAAAAUCCAGCAUUAUGGAGGAUUAAAAAAGAGAGGAUUUCUUAUACCAUGAAUACGACAUCUGGAACUUUGUUAUUCAAUCCUGUUUCAAAGAAUGACACUGGAGAAUAUUACUGUGAAGCGUCCAAUGGUAUUGGACCACCUCAGAAAAGUCCUGUGAAGCGAAUGCAAGUUGAUGACCUUAAUGUAAGUGCCAUCAUAGCUGCAGUGGUUAUUGUGGCUUUGGUAGUGGCUUCUUGUGGUCUUGGUGUAUAUUAUGCACAAAAGAAAGGUUAUUUUUCAAAAAGAAAUUCGUCAGACAGCAAGAAGGCUUCCAAGUACAAAGGUGCACAAAGUGAAACGGAUUUCAAGCACACAAAGUCAUUUGUCAUUUAAAAGAAUUCAGCCUCUGUGAGGAUUACAAAAUGACCAUUUGUUGCACAAAACUUCAGAAGGAAUUUUUCAACUUUUCUAAAUAUUUUUGAACUGUUCUGUAAAUAUUUGAGUGGUAAAUGCAGAAAAUGAACAACAAAGUCAAAGGAACUACUGUUACAAGUGGAGUACAGAAACCUGUCAAAAUUAAGUUUGGCAGUACUGUACUUAGAUGAAGUUGUGGUAAUAUGUGAGCACUAAUAUUAGGGCAUCCUUGCUCUCUAAUGCACACCUAAGGAUAUUAAAGCAAAUGACAAGCUCUGUAGAUUAGGAGCUUUUUUCUCUUUUAUAGUAAGACAUUCUAACACUUUGGACCACAAGGGCAUUGGUAAACAUAUUUGCCUAAAGUAGUACUCUUUCAAGUGCCUUUGCUGUUUCAGACAGGUCAAUAAACAAUGAAAUUAUGCACAGAA